AUCCAUAGAGGACAAAGCACGGCAGCCUGAUCCUGACACAACUAAUACCUUCAUUUGUACUGAUAGCAAAAGCAAUAGUUCGAUUUUUCACCAUGGAGUCUUUCUGUUACGCCUUUUGCAAGCAACUCACUAAGCAUAGAGCUGGGAGCAACAGAGACCAUGCUUCAGAAGUUUAACACUUUUGUAUUCUAGCACUGUGAUCAGAAUUUAUUAACUAGAAUCUGAUUUAAUUUAUUAAUUCAGUUCAGUGUUAAAAUACAAUGGGGUAAGAUAGUUAAUACUGAAAAUCAAAAGGAACCUCUCGUCAGAGUCUCCCUGUUUAAAAGUAGCUUCUGUACUAGUAACGCAAACUACUGUGCCUUCAGCACUAAAGGGUUACAGUAAAUGAGGCACAGCUAGAUGAGGAUGCCCUUAUUUAGUCAGUGAGGAGGAACAGCCCAUGGAUCAGAAUAGGACUCUGUCCCAGCUCAGAGGAAAGAAAAACUGUGCAACUCUCAUUCAGAGAUCAAACAGCAAGUCCAGUCAGAUCAUUAUCAGGGGAUUUAUGCAGAUUGCAAGAGCAAAUACAGUGCACAAAUCAUUCCUCCUGUUGGACAUGGGAAGCAAGAAACAUGUGCAGUUAAGGAUCGAGGCAGCAUCAUGACUCCUCAACGGAGUAACGGAGACCAGAGGAAACAAAAAGAACGUGGAAGUGACAUGUUUGGAAAAUCAGAGAUGGAAAAGAGGCACAUGCAGCAAAAAUAUAACUGAGGGGAAGGCCUGCUGUAAAGCUCUAACUUUUUAUUGAAGAGGAUAAGGGUUGGAAUUACAUAAAAUGAAGCAAGAUGUCCAUCAGAAUGUAAAAUGUCUCAGAAAAUGAAACCAGUGUUGGAGAGGAAACGCUCUGCAUCCACCAUGGUCUUUAGUAAAGCACUCAGCAAAUCUAGAUUACCAUCCAGAGAACAGCUAAGUUCACCCACGUCUCCUGACAGUAAAUCCUUGGUCCGAGCCUUCAGCAGUCCCACCACAGCUUUCAUCAUGGAUGAACGGGUCCAGCUCACAACAGGACUGCAGACACAGGAACGUCACCUCUUCCUCUUCAGUGAUGUCCUGGUGAUCACAAAGUUAAAGUCAUCGACAAGCCUAAAGCUGAAGAACCAGGUCAGAUUGUGUGAGAUGUGGACCGCCUUCUGCAUUGAUGAAGUGUGUGAGAGGAAAACAACUCCAGAAAAUUCAUUUGUAAUCGGAUGGCCAACAACUAACUGUGUGAUCACCUUCAGUUCAUCAAAUGUGAGGGAAAAAUGGCUUUCAGCACUGCAAUGGCAAAUCAAAGAGACAAAGCAAGAAGAACAUCCAAAGAAAAUAUCUAUGAAAGUGUUAGUGAUGACGACGCAGAGUGGUGCCUCAGCAUUAACACUCAAGGUGUGUAACACAGAUACCGCCAGAAAGGUCAUUAAAAUGGCAGCUCAACAGCUCAAUGAAAAAGAUAAUGCAAGUAAUUACCAGCUUUGGGUGAUUUCUGGAAAGGAGGCAGCACCCUACCCGCUGAUUGGUCACGAGCAACCAUUUAGUGUUAUCAUGAACUGUCUCAGAGACUUUACUGCACAUGUGGAGCAAUCUGAUGGUAAUGCCUACUCCCAGGAUAGUAACAGGGUUGUCCUCCUUGAAGAUCUCCCAAAGUCUAAGCAAUGUCAGUUUAUUCUGAAGCCAAGACCCCAUCCGGAUAUUCAUAUGACCAGAGAAUCAACUCCAAAAAUUCUUAGAAAGAGGAAGUCAAUAAUAGAUUGGGCACUAAGGCGCACUUCCAGCAACCAAUCAGAAAGCAGUCCUGCCUCAGAGUCUCCAAUAACACCUCGAAAGCUCUUUGGACUGUCGCUGCCCGCCAUCUGUAAGAAUGGUAACCUUCCAAAGCCAAUCAUGGAUAUGCUUGUUCUGUUGUACCAUGAAGGCCCCUCCACCAAAGGUAUUUUCAGACGUUCGGCAAAUGCCAAGACCUGCAAGGAACUAAAGGAGAAACUGAAUUCUGGAAAUGAGGUGCAUAUGGAUAGUGAAUCUGUAUUUGUGGCAGCUGCUGUCAUCACGGAUUUUCUACGCAAUAUCCCGGGCAGUGUUCUGUCAUCUGAAUUGUAUGAAAAGUGGAUGGAAGGAAUAGAAAUUAAGAAUGAAGAGGGAAAGAUACUGUCCAUAAGGAAUCUGAUUGAGCAGCUUCCCGAAGCAAAUGUCCUUCUUCUUCGUCACCUAUUUUGUGUUUUAAAUCGCAUCGAAAAAAACUCAGAGGAGAACCAGAUGACAGCUUUCAACCUGGCUCUUUGCAUUGCCCCAAACAUGCUGUGGCUUCCGAGUCCCAUGAGCCCAGAAGAAGAGAGCAAAUGCACACGAAAGGUGGCUAUUCUUGUACAGUUCAUGAUUGAAAAGUCUUCCCAAAUCUUUGGCAGUGGGCUGAAUACUCUCUUUGUGGGAUCACGGACCGUCCAGCGGGGCAAUUCUGAGGACUCUUUAGAUGUGGACUCGAUACAGCCACACUAUUCUUCUGAUGAUACAGAAUCAGUGUCGUCUGAUCAAAGUAAACAAAAUCUUCAAAAGGAGCAGCAAAGGAACUCCGUCUUCAUCACCUCGAAUGAUUCCAAGCCGUAUGCUACUGAACAAACCAAGGACACAUGGAGUCAGCAAAGAUUCUUCAGUGAAGGAGUGUCAUCCAGGACAUUACUAGAGAAAAGUGACAGCGGAGACCUCUGUGAGCAAUCUGAAAAUGAGUCCUUGUAUUCUUGUUCCUCCGUCUCUUCACUUGCAGCUAUUCAAAGCAUUGAGUCUGCUCGAGACCGCUGUUCGUCAGAGCCCAGCGUUUGCCUGUCGCACCAUCUUGCUUUGUCGCAUGAGCCAGUGGCCCGCCAAUCCAGCUGUGAUGCAACCAUGACUCAUGGCCACAUUGAUUACUUACAGCAGUUGAAAAUGCUUCAGAUUGAAAGCCAGAAGCUAUUAGAUGAUGGGAGAGGACUUGUUUCUAAUAAAAUGAAAUAUGCAUUUUGGAGAUCUCCUCAGAUAAAUGCCAAAAUGAAGCAGCCUAACCCCCAUAGACUGAAUUUCUCAACAAGGUCAAGUUUAUCUAGUCUGUCUUCUCCUACAACCUCCCCAUCAGAAUCAUCACUUAGUUCAAUAGAUAGUGCCUUCUCUUAUUCUGAAUCUUCAAUGUUUGGUCAUAAUGACUCUUUCCUCUCAAUGUUGGGGAAUUCUGGAAGAAACCAGGUAUCCUCAUCUUAUACCUCCAAUAGGCUUUCUGGUAAAUUAGUUGGGGCAUCGCCAUCUUCAAUGGCUUCUUGCCUUGACGAUGUGCAUUGGUACAAUGGCAUGGAGAAAGAAAGGAACAUGGAUUACGAAAAUGAGGGAGAGGAUUCUGCCCAAAUAUCAAUGAGGCACAAAAAUCAAGCAUCUUUGGACAUUGGAAAUUCUGAGAAAGAUGUUGGAUGUUUUACAAAUGCAACAUGCGUUGGACAAGAUCACACAGAGAAAAAUAUUGUCCCAAAUAACACAGAGAUGUUAAAUGGAGAAAGUCACCAGGAAAUAAACAGUUUGACUGUUCUUAAUGCAACACAAUCACCAGAGGACCCAACUAGUAGUACUAUUAAACGCACAAAAAUAACCUUCUACAUGACUCCAGGAAAGAUCUUAUCUAUACAGCACCGUGGUGAUCAAGAUGUGCAGAACCCUGAAGUUACUGAUGCUGAACAAGAUGACAACAGCCACUAUGCCGUUUCAUCACCCAGAAAAGAAACUCAAAGACGGUCGGCACAGACUAUAAAGCUCCACAUCCCACAAUCUGUGUUUUAUGGACAGAAUUCACCUUUAGUUCUUCAGUCAGUGGGCCGAAGGCAAAUCGUUGAAAGGUCGAAACCAUCUGAGCAGGAUAUUACACCCAAGGACUUUUUACCCAGAAGUCCUUCCAGAGACUCUCUUUCACAGAGCGACAAGGACUGCUCAAGUCCUUCCCACCGUCCUCAGCAAUGCAGCAAUAGCGCAAGUAACAAAAGGCAUUCCCUUCGCAUUGUCAUGCCUCCCUCUGUAAAAAGUACUGUCAAGGACUACUUCCUCCAUAAUGAGGCUAAACUCCGCUUCAGAGACACGACAACAGUUGCGAGCGAGCUAGUUAGCGGCAGGCAAGAAUGGCAAAGGAGACAGUGCACCAAGACAUAUUUAGAAGACUUUGAAAAUAUUGUUUACACAGAUGAAUCUUAUGUCUAAAAAUUCUAUCAGAUGUUUUCAUUACACCUGGUCAGCUCUUCAUAUUUUGUUACUGAUAUACCAGUUCCUACAUAAAAGACGACAUGGGUGGUACUUAUGUAUAUUGAACACUGGCAGCAUUAACAUGGCCUAGAGGAUUUUGUUUCAGUCAUUAGCAAUCUUCUACAUGUUUGUAGGAUGUUCUCCAUCCAUUAUUUUAAUGGAAAAGCUAACUGCUUAAAGCCUAUUGAAGUACUGGACAGAGGGACAAUUUUUACUUUUAUAUUUCUAAUAUUGAAAGCAUCAUUUUCUGUAUUUAUAUCAUGACAAUGUUUCUCACAACCUCUUUCUCAUUUUGUUUCCCUCUGGCUUAAGCACACCCAGUUUUUCUUUGGGAGUUUUUUCUUUGAUGUCAGGCUGAUGUUGAUGGCUUUCCUCUACGAUGUCUGAUCCAAACUUUGUGAUUGAGCAAUCGAUUUGCCUUUGUGUUACAAAGAGUAUUGCACUAACUGAACAGGCAUUGGGAAGAUUACCAUGAAGUUUCAGGCAUGUAAUUGAAGUCCAGUUAGAGCCCUAAGCACAUUGGCACCUAUAAAUCAGGUGCUGCGCAUAUUGGUGAUUGAGGUCGUAGAGUCACACAGCCCAGAAACAGACACAUCUGCCCAUCAAAUCCAUAUCCAUCAAGUCAAGCAUCCAUUUUCCACAACCGUGUUUCGUUUCCCCACAUUCCAUUAACUUCCCCUUAAUUUCUCCGCUCACCCACACAUUGAAAACAAUUUACAGUGGCCCACUAACUCACUAACCUCCAGAUCUUAGGGAAUGCAGAGGAAACAGGAGCACCUGGAGUAAGCCACACAGUCACAGAGAAAAGGUGCAAGUUCUAUAGCACCAGAUGUCAGAAUUGAAUGCUACUAGCCGGGUCUGGGAGGCAGCAGAUGUGCUUACCAGCAUGUCACUCAACAGAUAUCUACCUGCAGGGAAGAAAUCUGCACUACUUAAAGGGGAAACAAAUUCUACAUGUAUAGAUUUUCUUGAUUACUGGAAUGUUUGAUUGACCAUUCCACCAAUUGCCUUCACCGGAUUGCUGGGUUUGAUAAAUACAGUCAUAAUCUCUAAUCAUCAGGAUGUGCCAUUUACUGUCUGUUACAGAUGACCUCAAUCGAGAGGAGGGAGGGGGAGGCUAUCAUAAUUGGCUUCUCAGGAGAUUAAGAUGUGCCAGUGUUAAAGGCUUGUUUAUCUAGUAUGUGCACGUGACUAUCAGGCAAGAGCAAAAACAAGCCUGUUUAAUGAUUCUAGUUGGUUGUCCUUGUAAACACAACAGAAAAUGCCAUUAGAUUGGAUAUUUAUUUGCUUACCUCUCUGGUUUCUUGCCUGACUUUAUACGGAUUAUGCAGUGAGACUGAGAAGGUAUGGCUCUCAAACCCGAAACUUUGGUACAUUCCUUUUCACGUUUUCCACUUGGAUUUCAUUUUAACAAUGGUACCCAUUUCUCAAUGGCAUAGAAGGUGUGGAUAAUUUUUAUUUUGAAAAAAAAUUGCUGUCCCUUUGUUCCUGCAUGAACAAUAUUAAUUGUAUAGUGUAUAGAGCUGAAGCAAAUGUUAAACUAUUGCAUUUAUUUUAAUCUGAGCUAUUAACUACCUUGAAUGUUACACAUUUUGAGGAAUAUUUUAGAUCACCAUAUUUAUUAUAACUAAUGAACACUAAAGUUUUUUUUAUAAUUAUAUAAAGCUUUAUUAAAAAUUAGUUAAUUCUAUGUGUCAUUGGAACCUGACUAUAGUAGUUAAAGGAGACAAGGUCAAACUCUCAGUAGAAUAAUACAAGCUGAUCUCAAUCAGAGUGGGCAAGGGAGAGGAAAAAUAAACAGACUCACAUUACUGGGUGCUAAUUGUUGGAGCACAUGUUUGUUUGGAUGUUAAUUGAAGAUAACACUGGGUUUUAAUUUGAUAGCCCAAUAGCUAAUAGUGAGCAAGAAUUCAUUGUCUCAACCUGCAGAUAAAGAAUGGCAACCUAUGAUGUAUCAUUGCUCAAUGGAAUCUAAUCCCAGUAAUAAUUUGGACCUUCACAAUAAGAUGACAGAAAACUGAGGGGCCAGUAUGCAGGGAGUUGGGGCAAGUGGGGCGGAGAGGGAUGGGAUUGAAAAGUAUAAUACAACAAUGUUCAGUGCAGCUCAAGACUUUGAGAGGUGCAGUAACUUGGAAAAUAGUGAAUGGAUUUGACAUUCAUGUGGAUUAAACACUUCAGAAAUUAUUGGCAGAAAAAGGUGAUAGCUAAGUAUAUUAAGAGAUCUGAGUUUCUGGCGAGAGUUUGUAUGGUCACCCAGGUGCAGUCAAUGUCAGAAUAAUUGGAACAAUGCUUGAAGAGAAAAAUGAUAAUUUUCUUUUCAUUCUGGAAUUAAGUAAAAGAAGUAUAUUUCAGCUAUGCUAUCCAACUUGCCAAUAAAGUCAUAGAGUUAAAUGGCAUGGAAGCAGGCCUCUUGGCCAGCUCUUCUAUGCCCAUCAAGGUGCCUACUGGGCUAGUCCUUUUGGCCACACAUUUUAAUUCCACAUCCCAUUCCCAUUCUGAUAUGUCUAUCCAUGGCCUCCUCUACUGUAAAGAUGAAGCCACACUCAGGUUGGAGGAACAACACCUUAUAUUCCGUCUGGGUAGCCUCCAACCUGAUGGCAUGAACAUUGACUUCUCUAACUUCCAUUAAUGCCCCACCUCCCCAUCGUACCCCAUGAAUUAUUUCCCAUCCUCUGGGCUUCCCCCCUCUCCCUUUCAUUCCCCCUAGGCCUCCCAUCCCAUGAUCCUCUCAUAUCCCUUUUGCCAAUCAACUGUCCAGCUCUUGGCUCCAUCCCUCCUCCUCCUGUCUUCUCCUAUCAUUUUGGAUCUCCCCCUCCCCCUCACACUUUUAAAUCUCUUACUGUCUCUUCUUUCAGUUAGUCCUGACAAAGGGUCUCGGCCCGAAACGUUGACCGUACCUCUACCUAUAGAUGCUGCCUGGCCUGCUGCGUUCACCAGCAACUUUUAUGUGUGUUGCUAGUCCUAUUUGCCUGCAUUUGACCCAUGUGUCUCUGAACCUCUAUACAUGAGCCAGUCCAAAUGUCUUCUAAACACUAAUUGUCUGCAGUUUUCAUUCUAAUCAGAAGACUCAAAGCAUCCGGUAUUGACCUUCAUUGUAAAUUGUACUGGAACAGAAAAGGAAUGUCAGACAUGUUUAUGUAAUGGCUUCACAUCACGAUAAUUAUUCUUGUGUUGCAUUCUCCUUAUGCUGAUGAGGAAGUUACUGCUAUUGUACCAACCUAGCAGUUAAAAUUGCAAUCCUGGAUCAAUGUGUGAUUGGACUCCAACUAGAAGGAGACAGCUGCUUCAGGUGAGUGCUCUUGCUGUCUGCUGCAAUAAACAGCCUAAAAUUCCAAACAAUGGAAAUGGAGAAGGAUGUUUCAGAUAAGUUUCUAAAUGAUAUUGAAUGGCUUCCCACUUAAUUUCUGUUACACAUCCUUGGUUAGAUAGAACUGUAAUCUAUUGACAACAUUCUUAGCAUGAAGGGAAAAAUUAUCAAUAAUAAAAUUGGAUCAUAGGUUUUGACUUGUCUUAAUUUGUCUGACCAAGUCAGACACCAUAGUGUUUUGUUGAAGCUGUCCUUAAAUUUAGACAUAUGGUAUAAUGAAAUCUUUUAUUAUGCUUUGUAACACCAAAACAUAAAAUCUAAUUGAAAGGAAAACAAGGGAGCAGGACAUAACUUGUGUAUGUUUGUUUAUACUUUAAGCGAGGGGCACACAUAUAACGUGAUAGUGUCAAGACGUAUGCAAUUCAUGUAUUUUUGCAUAUAACCAUAAUGAAUUAAAUAAGCAAUGAAGAAUGCUGAAUCAAACAAUACAUUUACAAGAUUACUCAAAUAGUACUGAAAUAUUAAAUUCACAGAACUCCUCCCUGCUUAGCUAUAAACUCCAACUCAAUAUAGAGUGCAUCUCAUAUGUAUACAUUGAAUAUGAUAUAAUAUAACUACUAUAUAGACAUCCACAGCAUAGUAAAUUUUAAAUUGUCCAUUCAGGCCUGAAGAUUUAAUCAC